GCCAAGAGAGCCGCCAGGAAAGCGUCGUCAAAAAGAAAGGAAACAAGAGCAGCGCUUCAGACUUGCUUCGACUAGAAGAUACCUCUGAGUCGGAGGUAGCCCUUGACUCUCUAGGCUCCUUUUUUAACCACCUUAUUGACACUGAUUAUCAUCAGGAGGACACGAGAACGAGUAACAGAGUGGAUGAAGAGAUUCAUGAGAGUCGGAGGCAGACCCGGACCAGUAAGGACGUAGAACUCUCAUCCGUCUUACCAAAUACACCAAGGAAACGUCGGAAUGAGGACACUUUGCCUUCCUCCGAUGACUCGCUCCAGUCCAACAUGCCGGCUUUUAAGACCGCUCCAGGCGGAAAAGCGAAGCCCAGCAAGAAGGUGAAGAAAAGCAAGCCGGCCGAAGAGCCAUCUUUCAAAGAGCCAGAACUCCAGACGGCCGCUCCCGAGGCCUCUGUUCCUGAGCCGCCGCUUGAACCGGCGCAUGACACACCAACAUCAACUAUCGACCCGCCUACCGAACAAACCGCCGAUGGUUCUGAAAACCUUGAAGUCUCUAGCCCGGCCAAGAUAGACGACCCACAGGAUGCUGAUGUUGUAAUCACCAAGACUGGCUACACUGAGCCAGGGAGACCUACUGUGCUAGCCAAGUGUUCUGCCAAAGAAGAGCACCUGGAACGUUGUAAGGUCAGAUUUGACGUUGCUGAUUAUACUCACAUGAGUAUUGGGGAAGUUUUUUCUGGAUAUCUUAGCCAAGUGCACAGCAGCCGUGACCUCGAAGUUGAUAUGGUGAAGGAAAUGCACCGGAAAUUUGAGGCCACGACUACUCAACUGCAAUUAGAACUGUCUGAAUUGAAGAACCGCCUGGGGGCUCAGGAGACCGAAACUCAAAAGGCCAACUCCAAAUUUGAAUUCAGCGUGGCUGAACAAGAGAAACUGAAAUCCGAGGUUGAGGUUGAGAAAAAGGCUCGGGCUGAAGAAAAAAUUGCCUUAACCCAACGAGUUGAAACAGCAGAAAAGGCUCUUGAAGAGGUGACCACUGAAUUAUCCGGUUUAAAACAUCAUGUAUCUCAAAUGGUCUCAGCAAUCUUUGGCCCCAAGAGCUCCAACCUCAACAAGGACAUGCAGGUGAAGCUGGAGGCGGUUAUACGCUCGUGGAACAACUUUACACUGCAUCCCAGCCAUUACAAGAAAUAUGUUAACUAGUGACCUUCUGUCAGUGACCCUGGAAGAAUUGGUCAUAGAUCUACGACCAUUUGAGACCAAUUGGUCAAAAGUUGCUCGGGGGGCUCCAUAUCGACCGUUUUAGCCAUAAAGGUCGUAAUUUCCUUACACGAAAUGGUCAUAAAGCAGACAUCACUGAUCCGCUGCCUUAUUUCUAGCUGAUCACGACCAAUAUAUA